AUGCAAAAAGCCUGUGUCAUUACUCAAAGGCGUCCAGGGCUCAUAUAUCCAGAAUUUGCAGAGGAAAUUUAUUCGCAGCAGCCUACUGAGCAUUCGCCCGGAGUUUGGAACCGGGUCGAAUAUAGACCGCUGGAGGGGUUUAUUUAUGCAGUGAGCCCGUUCAAUUUUACUGCCAUCGGUGGCAAUCUUGCAUGUGCCCCUGCGUUGAUGGGCAACGUGGUGAUCUGGAAACCUUCUCAAUCUGCGAUGCUCUCAAAUUUUCUUGUAAUGCAGGCCUUGCUGGAGGCAGGGCUUCCCCCCGGAGUUAUACAGUUUACACCGGGAAGCCCAGAGGAAAUUACCGACGUAUGUCUUAGCCACAAAUCCUUUGCCGGGAUUCAUUUUACUGGCUCGUCGGCCAUAUUUUCCAAAAUGUGGCAACGAAUUGGAAAUUCGAUAUCCAACUAUGCAACGUACCCGAGGAUUGUUGGUGAAACCGGGGGAAAGAAUAUGCACUUUGUCCAUCAUUCUGCAGAUCCUGUUAAUGUCGUCAACCAGACUCUCAGAGCUGCCUUUGAAUAUCAAGGUUAUUUUGAUGAUUUUAUUUCAGGCCAAAAGUGUUCAGCGUGCUCUAGAAUUUACAUUCCGCAAUCUCUCUGGCCACAAAUAAAAGACGGGCUCAUCGAAGGCAUGAAGCGGGUAAUUACCAUGGGUCCAGUUGAAGAUUUUCAACACUUUGUUUCCGCUGUAAUUUCCAAGCAAGCCUUUCAGAGGAUUAGUGGGGCAAUUUCCAAGGCCAAGGUCGAUCCAAAUUGCACGCUUUUGGCCGGUGGUGAUGUGGACGACAGUGUUGGCUGGUACAUAUCACCCACGCUUUUUCAAGUGUCAUCGGAGUCGUCUUUUUUGCUUGAAGAAGAGCUUUUUGGCCCCGUUCUUGCUGCCAUUGUUUAUCCCGAUGAGCAAUACCACCGAUUUGCUCAGGAUCGAAAUGCCAUUGUCACCGCUUUGGAUCGCUUGGGCGAUGCAGCUGGAAAUUUUUACAUCAAUGACAAGUGCACCGGAGCUGUUGUCGGCCAGCAGCCGUUUGGAGGUGCUCGCAACUCCGGUACAAAUGACAAGGCAGGCUCUGCCCUCAAUCUACUUCGAUGGACUUCGCAGAGGACAAUCAAAGAGAAUUUUGUUCCCCUUAGCGAUUCCUUCCUGUACCCCUCGAAUUGCGGCCAAUAA